AUGCCUGGAGAUGCCUCUGGGAUGGUGUACGGCCAGCGCUUGUGGUUGGAGUGGUCUGCCCUCUGGGUGUCUGCUCUAGUGGAUGAAGCAUGCACGACGGCGGCCAAGGCUUGGGCUUCGAUCUUUUCGACGCUGGAUUGCGGUUCAGACAUGCCCGCUUAUGCUUCUCUGAAAAACAGGGAGCGGGGCCUACAACGACGUUCUCGCGACAGUCCUGAAUAUCUGGCUCGACUGCACAAUCUGCGCAGUGGGCUUUUGAAGCAUCCGGCAAUGACUGAAACCUCAGAAGUUCCUGGCGGAAACCAUCCUCCAGGAUCUCGUUGCAAGGCUCGGGAGAGAGUGGAGCGGGAGUGCGCUGGCGGAUUACGACUGCCCUAUCGGGAUGGCUUGAAGCGUCACGGUCGGGAGCCGGACUAG